CUAUUUCUGCGCAUGCGCCAUUUGCGCAAUUCAACUCGACUGAAUUAUAGUGUAUUUCCCUGCGAUCAUCUUGUCUGUUGUACAGGGACUGCAAAGCAGUCAUAUUGACGUUUCAACAGUUUGCAGUGAGCUUAUCUACUGUCUGUCUUCUAUUACCCGAGCUUCUGUUUCUCUUCCCCUACCGUCAAAUCACAAUGUCGACCUUCGAUGACCCAGCUGAGUGCCCACUAUGUAUGGAACCCCUGGAAUUGGACGAUGUCAAUUUCUUCCCAUGCACAUGCGGUUAUCAGAUUUGUCGGUUCUGUUGGCAUCGUAUUCGUACAGAUGAGAAUGGUCUGUGUCCUGCAUGCAGAAAGGCCUACCCCGAAUGCCCCGCAGACUUCAAACCACUCUCCGAGGAACAGUUGCAUCGGAUAAAGAAUGAAAAAAGACAGAAAGAUAUUCAGCGCAAGCAGAAGAUAACAGAAAACAGAAAACAUCUAGCCAGUGUAAGAGUCGUCCAGAAGAAUCUUGUUUUUGUUGUUGGCUUGUCACAAAGAUUGGCGGACACGGAAAUUUUGAAAAAGCAAGAAUACUUUGGGAAGUUUGGCAAAAUUCUCAAAGUGGUUAUAAACCAGAACACAUCGUAUGCAGGAAGUCAGUCUCAUGGGCCCAGUGCAAGUGCGUAUGUAACCUACCAGAGGGCUGAGGACUCGUUACGGGCGAUACAAGCGGUAAACAAUGUACACGUGGAUGGUAGGACGUUAAAGGCUUCCUUAGGUACAACAAAAUACUGCAGUCAUUUUCUGAGGAAUUCGCAAUGUCCGAAGCUAGACUGUAUGUAUUUACACGAGUUAGGUGACGAGAAUGCGAGUUUUACGAAGGAAGAUAUGCAGAUGGGUAAACAUCAAGAAUACGAACAGAAGUUACUACAUGACCUCUUAGGAGGUGGUAGUAGUCACAGUCCCGGUUCCUCUACAACAACAACAACCACGACAACACAGAACCACACAGCUGCCACCACAGCAUCAACACCAGCCACAACUAACUCAUCAAGUGCUACAAGCCAUGCUGCAACUUCGUCGGGAAGGGAACGAGCCAAACCGCAAUCUAAUACAAGAAAAAAGCAACCAUCGCCGCCCACCACACAGAAGUCGAACAGUAGAGGGAGCCCUAGCAUAACAACAAAUUCCUGGCCAUCGUUAAGUAAACCUAACAACACUGAGGGAGGGGAUGAGACGACGACACAAAGAGAAGAAUCUUCAAUACACAGCCACACAACAAAAGACACACCUUCAGACAUCGUGGACAGCAGAACAGACCCACCGCCUACCAGCUUACCACAGUCCUCAACGCAGGCCUCCAAUGGAUUGACCACAGAGGCGCACGAAAACCUUCCACAUCCGCAUAACAGUGCGGCGCCCCCUAUUGAUAUACCCCAGAAGAGAGCGAUAACAGAGACCGGUAGCCUGAGCAGCACGCCUCACGAGGCUUCCCCACAGGUGCAAUCAGUCCCUGCUGCCCCCACCCCAGUGACAGACACCAGACAACAACAACAACCCCUGUCGGCUCCCACAGGACCCCCUCCUAACCUGCCCCACCCUGGUAGAGGAGCCCCCUUUGGUGACAUCGCCCAUCUCUUCGGAGGCAACGGGUUCAUCCCCCAGGCUAAUCUUCAGAGACACGUGCCGGCGGUGCCCAUACCUGGCAUGCCACCGCAGAAUGAUUGGAACAAUGGUAGCAAUUGGACAGCUGGCAGUGAGCUUUUACCGGUAGACAGUCAUACAACAGACUGGCAAGCUGCUUUUGGUUUUACAUCAGACCCUAAAGAAAAGCAUAAUGAAGAUGAUUUAGGCUUUGACCCCUGGCAGGAAUCUAGUCAAGGAUUGGCAGAUCUGCUGGAGAAGGAGCUCCAACUUAAUCAACCUUCAAAGAUUACCCAACCUCCUCCUGGUUUCAAUAGUCACAGUCAACCGUUUGUGCCCAUGCAUAGACAUGGAAGACCAGCUGGAAGAAGUAAAUUUCUACCGUGGGUCCACAGUCAAUCUCCACCUACAUCAGAAGCCACACCCACUGGUCAGACAGGCCCCGCCCAUCCCCCGCCAGCCAAUCACGUGCCAAGGUUUCCUGCCCCUCGUUCAUCGAUGCCAGCUCACUCCCCGCACAACCCCAACCCUCUGACUGACAAUGUUCAUCUUAAAACCUGGCAGGACGGUCUGAGGGCGCUUCUCCCCAACAUCAAUAUCAGCUUUGGUCAGUCGCAACAGCCUCCGCAGUCCUUCCUACCGGAGAUGACGAGAGUCAAUAGUCUACAACAGAAUGCUGGUGAAUCAUGGGUGGGUUCCCCUACCGGUUCAUCAUGGGCGGUACAAGAUCCAGCUAUCGUCAGCAUCCGAAGCAACCUCCCCAACUCAUCAGAAACAAGUGGCAUGGAGGGUGAGGAGAAGCCACACUGGUUAGAAUCGCUACAGAACCUGACAGAGACAGACUCGCCCACACACACACCCACACAACAACAGACAAAUCGAUUCUUCCCUGCAGACCACAUACACAACAGAGGUGUUUCAUGGGGUAACCACCUGCCCCCUCCAGGCUUCAACCCCACACAGAUUAGACCCAUAGCACAGAAUACAGCUGAACCACACACAAUUACAGAAAAUUUGUAGCAUCUCGAUAUCAACAAUCUGGAACAGACCAUUCAGCAUGACCCACGCCUCUCCUGAUGAAUAUUGUAUCGAAGCAUGCAGACUUCAGCUACUACGGUGACCCUUGCCCCAAGUAUGGAAUGACCUUUGACACAACUACAAAGCUCAGCUGAGAAGAUGAGAGUGACGUUGACACAACUAUGGAGUUCAGAUGAAAGUGACCUUUGACACGACUACAAAGGUCAUAUGAAAAUGGGCUUUGACAAACUGAAGGUCAGAUGAGAUGACAUUUGACACAACCUUCGAAGGUCAAAUGAAAGUGACCUUUGACAAAACUGAGGGUCAGACAAAAGUGACCUUUGACAUAGCUACAAAGGUCGGAUGAAAGUGGCCUUUGAACUGCAAUGCCAUACUACAUCUUCCACAUAUGAAUUUCAAUGCUUGAUUGAAUUGUUUCUUUUUUUUCUUUCAUGACAUGCUAAUCAUCAUAUUUGACUGAUAUUAAUUUGAUUUUGCGUGAUUAGAGAGAUUCCAUGUAUUGUUAGGCCAAUGUGUGCUCCAUUAGUAAUUGUUCCCACCUUUGCGAAAAUGAAACUUAGAAAUUUCCUCUUUUUUUUGUAGGGUUUGAAAAGAAAAGUAAUGAAAAAGGGUUAAGAUAACUUAAAGACAUUUGUUACGAUAUUGAUCUAAAUUUUCACACUCAAAUGCCUGUAUAUUGAACUAUGGAUCAAAUUAAAUUCUGGGCUCCGUCUUACAUAGAGUUAUGAGUGAUCCAAUCGAUCAUAACUCCAUGGAAAUUCAUAGGUGUCAUAAUUUUUUUCUACAUGAAAUUUGCACAAUGUCCUUUGUAAACAAAGAGAAGCAAAUAUUU